AUGUUGGAAAAUGUAGUCGCGUGGGUGUUGAACAACUACAUUGGCGAAUAUUUGGAGGAUUUGAACACCGAUCAGUUGUCAGUGGCGCUUUUAUCAGGUUUGGGAUGGAAAACAGCUUCAACUGCUUCAUUUAAUCGAUUUUUAGGCCAAGUAGAACUGGAAAAUGUGCCCCUAAAAAAGACAGCGCUACGAAAACUAGAUCUUCCACUGGAAGUAAAAUCCGGUCUUCUCGGCAAACUGACCCUCUCCGUCCCGAUCACACAUCUCCGAUCCGAGCCAUGGACCCUCAAGGUGCGGCCCUCCGCCUUCCCUAACCUUCGCAAUUCCUUGUUUCCAGCUCAGCGACGUGCUCAUCAUUGUCGGGCCGCUAUCCAGCGAAAAACGAUACGACGUGGAAGCUGUGGAGCAGGUGGAGCAGCAGAGAAAAGAGCAAAUGCUCGACGAGCUCGAGUUGAGACACAAAACGGCGCUGCUCGAUCUGUGCGGGAUUCCGCUGCCCGAAUCUCAGGAUUCGUGGUGGGGAGCAUCGCUCAUUUCGACUGUGCUCAAUAAUAUUCAAUUAAUUCUGAACAACGUGCACAUUCGAUACGAAGACAACUCGACAAUUCACGGCCAAACCUUCAAUUGCGGAAUUCGAAUUCAGAAAAUGACAAUGCAAACGACAAAUGCACACUGGAAACCCGGAUUCGCAGAGCCGCAGAAAGGAGUGAACACGUUCAAAAAGCUCGAAUUGACCGGAUUCAGCAUCUAUUGGAACUCGAAAGCGGCGAUGACGGAGAACAUCGACGAUUCGAAGCAGCUGAAGGACAUUCUGGCACCGGAAACCUCCUCGAACGCCUACAUUAUUCAGCCGUGCAGUGCCGAGUUGAGAAUGGAAAAGAAUUCGAGCAAGUUCCCGCUGAAAGCGAAAAUUCCGAGGUUCAAGUUCUUCAUGAGACCCGACAUAAUCGCCUGCGAAUUGACGAGACAUCAGAUGACCGAAUUGCGGGCGGUCAACAGAGAAUGGGCGCGAUUCGAGAGAGCACGACAGCACAGGAAGUGGAGACCGUUGUGCACGAUCGGAGAAAAGUGGGCUACUGUAGUUAAAUAUCGGAAAAAAAGUGAUUUUCAGCGCAAAAGAGUGGUGGAGGUUCGCGUACAACCGUGUGCUCGAGGAGAGUCGUCGAGCGAAUGCGAACCGAACUUGGGAAUUCGCCCACGAACGAGCCGCCCGUUUCAACGCCUACUGCCGUGCUUACCGCAAACGACUCGUCGGAAUGAUCGCCAAUCCGAAUGCGACGCAACCGCCGACAGAUCCCUCUUCCUCUUCCGCCCCGUCCACUUCCACUGCUCUCGCCGUCAUUCCACCGUCUUCCGCCAGUUCCAACGGCAUUCCAUCGACGCCUUCAGCGGAAUGCCACGUGAUAAUGAAGCAGAUAGAGAGGGACUCCCAUUACACGUACCACGAGCUCCAUCUCUUCCGAGAAACAGUCUUCCGGCGACUUCUUCGAGAAAAAGAGCUGGAGUUGGGAAUAGUGGCGGCGUCGACGAACACGGAUUCCGAAGAGCCGUUCGAAUCACUUGAACCGCCUCCGGACGAGAUUCCGGUGGAAGAGCCGACAGCUGCCGCUACAGAACCGGCGAGCGGAGGACUCUACGGAUGGAUUACCGGAUUCUUCGGACAAGCGCAACAGGACGAGAAACCGGAGGAUAACAAGUUCGAUUUCGGAAAUGUGGACGUCGGAGAGCUGAAAGAGAACGUGAAGGAGAUGGAAGAAGAGAUUCUGGAUGUGCUGCACGAAUCAUGGGAUGAUGUGACACUGUUGAGAAGGGAUGCUCUGUUGGCUCAGAUCUCGCUUCGUUUAGAGCACCUGACACUACGAUUCGUGGACGGAGAGGUGCACGAUGGAAUUGAACAACAGAGAGUGCUGGCUUUAGAGCUCUCCGGAGUGAGCUCUCGCUGGGAGCUCAGUCCCAAGCAGCACUACAUCUCCGUCGACCUCACUGUCAACGAUAUGAGUGUCCAACGACUGCGAUCCGGACAUCCGCGGCCGAAGAGCAAACUCGCCGAGAUCACCGAAUCAUUGCUCUAUUCGACCGCAGAAAGCACCAAGAUGCUAUUGACAGUGGGAAGGGACGGAGAAGACGCCGUUUCGUCGAAAGUGCCCAUGUUCAGUAUGCAUUACAGUCGAAAAGCGCCCCGACUCAUCGUCCGACACACUGUCAACUGUCGGCUCCGGCCGGUGAGCAUUGUGUACGAAGAAGGAGCUCUCGACGGACUCUCCACACUUUUCACUGACGAUCCCACGAUGUUCGAUGAGAUCCUCAAGAGUAAAUUGAAGGAAGCGUCGACGGAAGACGAGUUGAUUGAUAUGAAAGUGAGCAGUGAGCAGAUAUCCAUAAUCGAAUCGCACGUAUUCGUGAAUCUGGAGCUGCCGGCCGUCCGAAUGGAAGUGCGUGGGCGGGGAUGGACGAAACGAGAAAUGCGGCCGACGACCAUCUGGGAGCCCGGAGAGCCCAUCGCUUGUCUCAAUGCGGAUAGACUCAAUUUCAGUGUUGUCUCAAGAGAACAACAUUUGACUAUUGUAAGUUUACGGAACUUUAUCGACAAAUUCAUUUUUUCCAGUUGAAACUCGUAAUUGGCCACGUGGAAAUGCGCGAUAUGAUCGAAAACACUGUUUAUCCACUGCUGACGACCACUUCUCAAUGUUCGCAACUCAAAACGCUCUCCAAUUCGUGUCCCGAUUUCCUGAAGGCUGACAACAAGCCAAUCCCGGCCAAAUCAUCGAAAUCUUCCCAUCAGCACUAUCCAGGAGUCGUCUCUUCUUCGGUUCCAGAUCACACUUUUCCAGAAUAUGCGAAACCACGUACGUUCCACCAGCUUCCGCCGCAUCGAGAACUUUCCAAUCGUUUGCAGUGAAUCUGAUGACAAUCACGUCUGCCACUUCAGUCGACAAUCCGCCGGUGACGGGCGCUCCGACGCCCCCGAUUCCCGCUUCCGGAGGAAAUGGCGGACAGAUUGCGAAGCCCGAAGUGACGAUCAAAGCGACCUAUGUUGACAAGCAGCACGCGCAAUUCGAGCGAAAGUACAAAAAGGUAUCAUUAUGUAUGCAGGCAGCUUCUGAGCUGAUCGGGAUGUACCCGUGUCUCCCUUCUGACAUCCGAUUCAACAUCAUGACUGAUUCAAAAUAG